AUGGGCAUGCGGGUCCACGUGCGGGCGUGCCCCAAAUGCCGGACUGCCACACUGCGGGGUGAAUGCCCGGUGUGCGGCGACGCCACCGCGGCCGUGAGCGCCUUCCCCGGGCAAAGUGGGAGCUCGUUGCUGGAGAAUGACGGCUCCCACGCUGACGCACAGUUGCGGCAGCCGCCCGAUGCGGGCAACAAUAAAGACGAUGGCAGCAGCACGGAGCUUGGGGCCUCGGUGGGUGCCUUGCUGCCGCCACCUGGCGCCCUCGAGGCGCGGCUAGAGCUCGCGGAGCUACAGUGCCGCAUGUACUACGAUCAACUCCAGCAGGUCAUCACGGAGAGGGAUGAGCUGCAGGAGAAGGUGCGGGCGAUGGAGGCGCAACGAUUGCUGGGGACAGGCAAGAUACGGGAGCUUGUCGAGGAAAACAGGUGUCUGCGGGCUGUUGCCGAGGAGGCUGAAGUGCGCCUGGGUGUGGCGGAACUCGAGCAACAGGCAUUGUUGGCCGAGGUUCAGCGCCUGCGGGGACGUAUUCCUAUUCUGCGGCGGCAAGCCGAGGCAGAGAGGCCACCGGCCAAAGUGGGGUCUCCCGACGCUGCUGGGGGCGCGCUGCGUCUCUCCCCUCUGGCAAAGACGAACACGACAGCCGAGCAACUUUCACGGCGGAGGCCAUCGGCGAAAGGCGGCUUCAGCGGCACCGGCCACGGGAAGGGGCAGCGGGCGUUGGCUGCCUCCAACGAGCACCUGCAGGCUCGCUGCCGCUCGCUGGAGCGCCACGUGCGGCGUCUCCGCGAGGAACUCGUGUCGCAGGGUCUCUCGCCGUCGCCGAUGAGGACCCCCGACUAUCAGACCGGGUUGUAA